GUGUAAUCUUUCCUGUUUCGGGAGCCGAGCCGAACCCCGGUGCUAUCGUGUUGAAUCGGCAUACUGAUAGCGUACCUUAAGAACUUUGCUCGAUGCACGUGCAUAAGUGAUUUGUUUUUGCAGAUGCAUACGACGACGACCCAUCAUGUAUUUAUCUAGCUGACGCUUCGAAUUAGCGUUAGGCUACAUACAUACAGCAAGACCCCACAGAAAACUUCCCAAUGAAGAACGUCAUAGGCUAAGCUAAUUUACUAAAAUCUGUCAGAUUGCACCAUUACUUAACUCCAGAACAGCAAUGUCGGACAAUACAACAAAAUACAACAAAACAGUGUAAUCUACUUGUGAACUAGGCCAGCCUACUUUAUGUCCACAUUCAGAAGGUAGGAGUAUGGUAUCGUCACAACAUAUAUCGCUAUAUUUUCAAAUUGGACACAUUGGUUAAUAGAGCAAUCACCCAUCUCCUGCAGUCGAGUGGUAGUUUUGCUCACUGGCGGAGGUUCAUCACUUCUUGGAAAUGACAUUGGGAAAACCGCUGCUCAGUCAAAUCUGCUACUUCGCUCCCAACACAGACAUUUCUGGAUGCCAGUAGUGGUGAAGAUGAAGGUGACCACAAUGAUGACGAUGGCUGUGACGUUGAUGACGAGGAUCAAGAUUUAGCUACUGCAGCCACCGCCGCCCCAGAUGAUGAUGAUGAUGAUGAUGAUGAUGAACCCUAGACGUUGACUCUCGUCUCAAAUCUCCCCUCACCCCUCACCUCCUGCUCCCUCCUCCCUACCCUUUUUGUCCCCGUCCCUGACCGCUGUGGCUCGACACCAUGAUGCGCUUUCUGUCUCUGAAGUUUAGUCGCCUGUACCGCUGUAGCAAGUUCCUGCUGGUGGCGGGCCUGUUUGUGAUCGUGCUGAUGAACACGCACAGCCUGCUGGCCUCCUUCCAGCGAAACGAGCUCACCGACCGGCGAUUUGUUGGCCUCAACAAGUGCCCGGCCUGCUUCGGCACCAGCUGGUGCCGCAAGUUCAUGAACGGCCAAGUGUCCUUCGAGACGUGGGGUCGCCUUCGCUUCCUGGACUUCUUCAACGUCAAGAACGUCUACUUUGCCCAGUACGGUGAGCCCCGGGAGGGCACCCGCCGGGUCGUGCUCAAGCGCCUCGGCUCCAACCAGGAGCUGGCCGACAUUGACCAGAAGAUCUGCAAGCGGGCCACGGGCCGCCCCCGCUGUGACCUCAUCCAGUCCAUGUACAAGACCGAGUUUGCACGGCUCAACGGUGACGUGCGGCUCCUCACCCCCGAGGUGGUGGAGGGCUGGUCCGACCUGGUGCACUGUCCGUCCCAGAGACUGCUUGACCGGGUGGUGAGGCGCUACGCCGAGACCAAGGACUCCGGAAGCUUCCUUCUGAAGAACCUGAAGGACACAGAGCGGAUGCAGCUGCUCAUGACGUUAGCUUUCAACCCAGAGCCUCUAGUGCUGCAGAGUUUCCCAUCUGACGAGGGCUGGCCCUUCGCCAAGUACCUGGGUGCGUGCGGGCGGAUGGUGGCGGAGAACUACGUGGGCGAGGAGCUCUGGAGCUUCUACAAUGCCCCGUGGGAGAAGCGCCUAGACCUGGCCAAGCAGCUCAUGGACAUCGCCGAGCAGCUCACCAACAACGACUUCGACUUUGCACUCUACCUGCUGGACGUCAGCUUCGACAACUUUGCUGUGGGCCCGCGAGAUGGAAAAGUCAUAGUGGUGGAUGCGGAGAAUGUCAUCGUGGCUGACAAGAGACUCAUCAAGCAAAAUAAACCAGAGAAUUACGACGUCUGGUAUGAAAGUCGCGCUGAAGAAUGCGACAAAGAGACCUGCCUCUCCUUCUCCAAGGACAUCCUGUGCUCACGGGUCACCGUGGACCACAACUACUACGCCGUGUGCCAGAACCUGCUCUCGCGCCACGCCACCUGGCGCGGGGCCACGGGCGGCCUCCUACACGACCCCCCGGCCGACGUGGUCAGCAGCGGGGUCCUGGAAGCCCUGCUGGACGAGUGCGCCAAACCCACCAGACAGUACGGCCGCUUCCAGGCCGCCAAGGACCUCCGCGAUUACCUCACGCAGCACACACAGCCCAGCAACAGUGGGCUGAGGUAGUACAGGGGGGCGAGGGGUUGGGGGAGGAUGGGGGGGGGGUGGUGGACUAAUCCUCCCUUUCCUGCUUUGGCUUUCCCCCCACCGCCUCUCUAUCAGACUGAACUGAUCACCGUGGGUGUGGGCAUGGGCGCUCUGUGCUUCUCAUCAGAGAUAAUUAUAAACGGGGCGACGUCCCGUGCGCCGGUUGGUGGGAAGGGGAUGUGCGGUGAUAAAGGCCGGUCAGAAGGACAACAGACCCGACAGCUGUGUGUGUGUGAUGGAUGCAGCGAUCGAUAUGUGGGAGGGUGCAUGCUGGGGGCUUGUGACGCUUGUGACACAGGUCUAUAGGACAGCACGGGGUAGUUCUAGUAUGACAGACAAUCCCACACAGACGCGCGCGCACACACACACACACACACACAAAUCCAUCAGUCAAGGCUACUCGUGAACACAAUGCCCAUUUGGUAUUAAUAUUUUAAAUCUCUGGGCUUUGUGUGUGUGUUGUGUGGUGUAUUGUGGGAAGUUGGCUCGACCUCUGAAGCCAGUCUUUCUGGCUUUUUCAUUCUGCCUGUUUGCUGUAUCAUGCGGUGUAUGUAAUAGCGGUUUACAUGCUCUGGCACUCCAAAUGUCAAGGGUACCUAAUGACAUGUACACAGCAGAACUGCACCGACCCCUGAGAACCACCAGGUGUGCAAGAAUGGACAUCCACUGACUACCAAAGAAUACCACUCCAUCCCAUCCCAUCCACACAUACUUGUUUUUGUUUGUGUCAGUGAAUGAUGUUUAAAGGGAAUAUUUCAUAAUUCUCUUGGUGAGUAGACCAUCUGUUACUCUCCCCGUGCUUACUUGGAGACAGAAUGGUAAACAUGCUGGACCAGUAGUGAUUUGAGUUACACCUCAGGUCCCCCUAAUGUUUGAGUUUAGAAUGUGACAUUUGUACUGCUGUGUUUAUGUUCUUGUAAGGUUGCCCCAUUGAAGCUCAUUCAGAAACCCUCAUUGAAAUGUGUUUUACAGGAUAUCUUUCUGUUAGGUUAAGGGAAAAAAAGAAUAUUUCUUUCACGUAUGUUCAGCUAAGCUAAAGUCUUUGCAUUUAGUUUUAUUUCUCCUUUGUUCAAUGUGAUGCUUCCAUUCUUUGCAUAUUGAGUUUGGUUUCCCCCCCUACUGAGUUGAUCUCAGACUCACCCUGGGAAAUGAGCAGAGGAGAUUUCAUGUGAAUUCUAAUUUAAUGGCUUUUUGUACCAUCGGUUUGUUUUGAGAGUACAGCUGAGUCUGGCUUUACUGUGCCUUUCCUGCGAAAGUGGUGUUUACAACUUGUUGAAAUCCUGAAAAUAUAUGAAAGUAUAUCUCUCUAUAUAUAUUAUAUCUAUAUAUACAAGCCA